CUUAUUAAAUAGGUCUAAUGUAGCUUGCGUUUUGAAUGAAAAUAUACUAUGGCCGAAGGCUUAUUGCCUCAUACUAGUAGUAGCCGUAAAAAAGGAAAGCAAAAAGGUUUUGAUGUUUUCCGGCAGCCUCCACCUAGAGUUAUUGCAGAAAGGUACAAUAACAACCGGCCCUUCAGUGCGUCGGACUCAGACUCUUCUUCGAAAAGUGGAAAUGGUGCGCUAGGUGGGAAAACGCUAGCCACCAUCACAACUGUCGCGCAAAAUUCAUCUAUUGGAGAUGAUUCCAGAGCUCACCCUCAGGGACCUUCCGAAACACAUGAUUCGGUUGCAAAGCGUUUGUCAGAUUUUACUGGGUCCAGUACUUACGUAACGGCAUCGCUUCGAGAUCCCGUUGUGUCAGUCGAUAAAAUCAGCUCGUCUCAAACUCUUGCUCCAAGAGAUUCACCUUCGAACUUCGUUAACUCGAAUAGUUUGCAGCUGAGAAAACUGUCGGAUGCUCAUGCAAUUCCAUCACACGGAAGCAAAUCUGUGGCCUCUGAAUCAUUAUCUUCCGCGAGAAGUGCAUUCUCUCCGGUGGUUGGUGUUUCAUACUCUGGGCAGCAACCAGCACCCAGAGUGCCACCAAGAGUCCCGUUGCACCAAAGACCAUUUGGAAAGCAACACAAGCGAAAUUCCAACACGUGUUCAAUUUCGGGCAGCAAUGCUAGCAUCAACUCAGCUGCAUCUUCCACUGCGCCGUCUGAUCUUCCGGCGCCGGUGAAUGAGUUAGGCCAGACACAAGCGACAGUUUCACCUUUCUUCCAGGACCCCUCCUUGUGUCUCGCUAAUCUGCAGUUGUCACCUACCACCACGAUAGCGUCGAGUGAUGGAAACAAUUUGACACCUGAGAAUAAGUCAUGCAACCCCAACCUAUUGAAUUGCGCUCAAUCGCCCGGCAAUGUUAAACUUACAUCUCCUCUUCAAAUCAGCGCGAACAACAUCAUUUCUGCUCAGGUUUCAAAAACAUCAUUCAACAUUCAAAAAGGAGCUGUGUCCAGGCGAAUUCCUCUCACGGAUCAUGACGUAUCUGCUCAAGGUCCGAGUCAGCUACACGAGGUAUCCAACGAAGAGCUGCAUAGCAAAGUUUUGUCAGAUGACAAACUUGGUGCUAAUAAGUCUUCUAUGGGGUCAAAUGGUUCUACAAAAGUGAAAGUCAGUCUGGAUCAGCAUGCAGCGAAAAGUAAAAAUGGAUCAGAACAACAGAGUAAGAACAAAAUUAAGACUCUGCUUGAGAGUGGAAAAUUAAGUCAGGAUACUAGCAGGUUGUUCCGGAGUCUGCCAAUGUUGAGGCAAAACGAGCAAGUUGGAAAGACCUCGAAUGCCACCCAGAGCUUGAACAGGAACAACUUCCAGGUUAUGUCCGCUCAAAAUAAUUUUCCAGCGGGAGCUGAAAAUGAUUUCAUGCAAAAUAAUUCGGGGACUGAGACUUCUAUGGCGAUUAAAAAGAGCUGUCAAAGUGAUGAUGCGCAAUUGAGUAGCCAGGAGCUGAUGGAACGUAUAUACUCACUUGAUUGGCAAAGAGCUCAGCUGCUGUCCCAAAUUGAGAGAGAAACUCAGAGACAUACAUUUUAUGCUCAGAAAUUUGCCAACAUUAGACAAAAGAAGUCAGCAGCUGCCAAUAAAGAGGACCUGGAUCUUCUAAAAUCGGAUGCAAUGCUUCUAAACUGCAAGCUAGCUGAAGAGUUAGGAGUCGAGAACGAGUCGCAACUGAAGUCCAGAAUUGAAGCCGAUACAGAGGCCCUGAGGCGGAUGGACCAGAAACUUAUCCAAUUGUUUGAGAUGUUCUAUCUUCUGGAAAAUAACAGCACCGUGCCCAGUUCUGAUAACAAAACUCGAGAGACGCAACUCAGUGGAACGGAGACACAGGUGGAAAACGCCGAAGUGGUGUGCUUUGCGCAGAAUGGCAGCACAGUCACCGAGCAGGAGGACAAAGCAAGAAUAGACUCUGUUGGAGAAAAGGCUGUUGUAUCUAAUCCACAGGUCGAGAUGAUGUACAAGUUUUUGGGAAGUUUCAAUGACAACAACUACGAGGAGAUGUCCAAGACUUUCUUCCUUAUGUCAUCCACGCCAGAGAGCUGCACGGCCAUGCGACAGUCAGGUUGCCUGCCUUUGGUCAUCCAGCUGAUUCAUUGUGAACUGGAUGCAACUGGCAGUGGAGAUGUGUCUGGAUCUCAGGGUGGGAAUAAAGACUCCUCGUCAUCGUCUUCUGAGGAGGAGCUGCUCUUGGGGAGUAUUUGUGACCUGAUGGAGGACCUGGACAAGAAGAGUGUGAGUGUGAGACAGAGGGCGACAGAGGCACUAAACAACAUCAUCCAUUCGCAGACUCAGUCUAAACAGACCAACAGGGACAUCAAGAUGCUGAGCUAUCUGUCAAGUAUCCGAACAUACUGCGAGACUGUGUGCAGAGAGUACUGUGACUAUAUCUCAGUGGAGCAAGGUGCUCGAGAUGCCUCAGCGGCCGAAUCUCACAUGUUUCGAAACGUGUCUUUGCAUGUUAAGAGAUUGGACCCACUGGUGCAACUGGUGAACACACUGACUAAGUUAUCCUUCAUGCCCGACGAGCUCAUCUCAUUCCAGUCUCUGGGUGGAAUUCCUGCAGUCUGUGAACUUCUUCUGAUAGACUUUGGCUUGUUGUUCAAAGUUUCAAAAAAGCAGCCACAGGGAGCAAACUCUAUCCAUAUGUCAACAUUAUUGGAUCUUUCCACUAAAUUGCGAAGGCAUGUUGCGGAACUGCUUACCAAUAUGACUCAUAAGAACCAGGCGGCUAAGUCAACCUUGAUUCAUUACUCGAAAGUCAUGAAGUGUUUGGCACUGCAACUGAGUUCAAAGCGUGAAGACUUAGUCCACGUGACUGCAGACUUAGUUCGGAACUUGGCUUGGCAACCGGAGCGAAGUCAGAUUAUGGUUCUGAGAGAUUUGAACGUUGUAAUCUUACUGUCACGAGCACUAGUCACGUUUAACAACUUGAUGGCGCUGCGUGCUAUUUCCUCUGCUCUCUGGAACCUCGCUAGUCAUUGUAUGGAAAACAGAGUCGAAAUUUGUUCUGUGAAUGGGUGCUUGGAAAAAAUAGUCUCACUGACCAAGUUGGAUCUAAGCAACAGCUGUCAGUAUGGAAAUCAACAGACGGUGUACAAUGCAACUGGUUUGUUGAGCAGUCUUUGUGGACAUAUCGCGACCAGAGGUGAACUUAGAGGUCUUCUGAGGCAGAUGAAGACAUACGAUGUCCUUCUGGAUCUCUGCAAGAGAUAUGAUAUGCCAGAUAUUGUGGCCAACUCAGUUUCCUGUUUGUUCUAUUUGUCCUCGAGAGAUAAAUUGGAUCAGGAGAUUCUCUGGAUGCUUGGUGCUCCGAAUAUCCUGAAAGAUCUUUUGAACAACAGUAACUCGAAAAUCGCAAAUCCAGCUCUUGGAGCUAGGAAGAACUUGAUGCAAGCCAAGAGCCAGCUUAGAGGAAUCCAGACACAGCUUUCGACUAACUCACCCAAUUUCUUAAAUGGCAGCAUGGGUAGUCCUCAUGUAAACAAUGAUCCAAUUGGCUCUUCACCUGUGGGUGGAGGAGUGGCGAAGUUAGUCAGACCAGCCGUGAUGUUUGAUGAACCGAUAGCGGCUCAUUCAAAUGUUGGAGAUCCGGAUCAUUUCCAGGAACAUACAUUCGGACAUGAAGGUCCAGGUAGUGGAAAUAAGCAAUCAGGCUUGAAUCAAUUAAUGCAUCAACGAGAUUUCAAUGUGAAUAGCAAUCAGAUGAAACUUGCUCAGAGUAAUGGGGAUCACGAUUGGCAGAAAGACCAGUACCAAGGAGAUGCCAACUCAAGCUUUGAUCCACGGGUGGUUCUAUCGAAUAAUGGUGUCAAAUCAAGUGUUACUUUUAACCCAAUGCAACUUGGGCCUUCAACUCACAAUGCAAAUAACGAGGCAUAUAGCAGUUACCAAGAACAAUAUGCAGUUGACAGGCAACGACGAAUUACUGGCUUUGAAAGUCAGCAGAAAAUGUCACAAGGACAGUUGGAUGAUCAAGAUAAACGAUCUGUGGCCAGUUCACAAGGAGACGAUGAAGUUGUGAACUAUACGCUAAAAUACUAUGGAAGCGAGUCUCAGGCAGAUUUAGGAGCAGCAGAAGUCAUAAACGAAGAUCCAGGGUUCAGUUCAUAUCCAUUGUCCAAUCAUAUUGAAGAGUCGGAUUAUUACGAGCAGCCGACGGAUUUCAGUGCACGGUUCCCGGAAAACGACGCAAUGAGUACAUAUGAGGAAUUGGAUUUCUCGAUGACAUCAAACAUGAGUCGAAAUAUAAUAGAAAAUAAUGAUAUCACUGGUGUGCCUAUUAGUAGGCCACCGGUUUGUUUCGAAGAGGUAAAUUACGAACACAACGAGGAGCACAAUGAUAGUAUGAACGAAACUUUGCAGCCUCCUCAUGGUGCGAUCAAUUCACCGGCUGCAGUAUAUAGACAGGUCAGAUUCAAACCGGCAGAUAAUGUAGCCGAAAUGAACGUCUCCUCGACAGCCCGCAUUAUGAUGUUGGAAUCUGAACGCAGAGCAGCAGCUCCAUCUAUGCCAAGGGGACCUUUAGAGAGCGUCUCGUCAAGUGUCCACCAGGAACAAGAUUCAGAAGGAAUUAUGUCCAAGAAAGGAUCAGCAACCGGGACGCCUCUGAUGGGAGAUACUCCUUUGAUGUUUAGCCGCAGAAGCUCCAUAUCUUCUUUGGGAGAUUUUGAAACGCAGUCCAUUAACAGCAACAGUAAUUUUGCUAGUGAACAGGGGUCCAGGGCAAUUUCUGGAGCAGUGUCGCCGAGCGAUAUUCCAGACUCUCCUAACGAAGCUAUGAUGGCGUCCCGCUUGGCUGCCAGCCAGCCGAGCUCCACUCUGCAAAUGGACGGUGGUAGAAAUUUUGGAAACUCCAAUCCAGUUGUUUCCAAGCAGAAUCCAGCAAACAUUUCUGGUCCUCCAAAUGAGGCCGCAGAUCAACCUGGGGCAUUUAUUGAAGAACAAGUCAAGAACGAUUUUUCGUGUGCCUCCAGUUUAAGUGCGCUCACGUUUGACGAUGAUCCAAAGGUGAAAGAACUGGCAAAUAAGUUUCAUCACCAGUUCACAGAUUUAUCCAGUGAUUCGACUGAACAACAGCCAUUUGUUCAGAUAAACAUACCGAGAAAACUUAAGCUGACUGAAACCGCGCAAUUGUCGCAGCAAAUGGCUGAAGGCAAUGACGAGGCAAUGGCGCCUCGUGAUUGGUCCAAACUAGACACAUCUCAUGAUGAAGCGGAUCGCAAUCUGAACGAGCAAACCAUUCGAAGAAUAAGCGAUGGUGAUUCUGCAUUGCUAGAUGACGAAGACGACGAUGUGAAUUUACAAGAAAGCAAUGAAGAAGACCAUAGCGUGCUUAUGGAAGCAAUAAGCUCAGGAAUGCCCGAGAGAAAACCGAGAGUUAAAAAAUCGAGCUCUUCUAAACAGCCAAGUGGGAUUAAGGGACCGUCUCAGCUACGGUCGAACUCUGGAGUAGUCUACUCUUCUGCGCCUUAUGUCAAUAGCAAUUCAGGUCGGAAGAGUCCUGGAUUAACCCGCAGUAGUAGCGGGCGAAGUGUCGAUUCGAACAGUGGUCGAAAGUCACCUGGACUAAAGGUUCCUGGUGGCUCUUCAUAUGCCGUUGCUAGACCACAGAACUCUUACAUGGAUUUAUAUUUAAGGCGAACUUCUCAAACUGAAUCGGGAAUCAGUUCCCCGAGAGGAAAUGGAGGAAAUAUGGACAUGGUAAAAACUUAUCAAACUGAGGGAACGCCACUAAAUUUCUCAACACGGACUUCUCUUUCAGAUUUAUCGGUACCGGAUGAUGCAGUUCCAGCGAGUGGAGUGUAUAUAGCACCGCAAAAUUUCCCUCCUCAAAGCUCUAUCAAUAGUUCGAGCGCUAAACGAAACCAUCUUGCGCCAGAAAAGAGACAGCAAAUGAAAUCUUGGUCUAUGAAUUCGCCAGGAGCUGGAAGCGUCAGUAAAUAUAGCAACGCAACGGGAGGAUUCGACUCACCUAAAGUGUAUAACGUAGAGGGUACUCCAGCUUCCUAUUCCAGAAACGAUUCCUUAAGUUCUCUGAGUUGUGAAGAAGAGUUGAAUGAAACACCAGUGGCAAAUGUUGCAAGUAGACCUCCGAUAUCUAGCAAUGCUAUUAGUUGCAGUGGCCCUACCAACCGUUCGCCUGGUAAACUAGAGCGAAAGGACUCCGGUAGGAGUGUAUCCAAAAUUCCGGUUCCUACCAGUUACAGGAGGUCUGCGAGCAAUGGAUCUGAUUUGGAUAAGCGCUCUAGCUCGAGUGGAUCCCUUAACAGAUCCGGAUCUGGCAACUCAAAGGGACAAAGUCAGUCACGAAAAUCACUUUCUCGGAACAAUUUGCAGAAUGAAGAUCGAGAUUCCAAUGGCAACUCAUUUGAGGCUUUUAAUGGAAGAAGUUUCGGAGAUCAAGAUGAAGAUGCACUAGGUCGUCGGAGGUCAAUUGGCGAAGUCUCAAAUGCAUCAAGUGGCGGAGACGUUGGGCUGGAAGACCGUGCCCUACUAAAUGAAUGCAUUUAUUCAGCAAUGCCUUCUAGUGCCCGUAAAAGCUCGAAGUCGAAAAGUAACAUGCAAGUGAAAGAACAGAAAAUGCACAAAAACUUGGAAGUAAUAAGUAGUACAAGAUCUGCGGACGAAAAUUCUUGAAGUCGGCUGAAUUACUCAAACGAAAAAAUUAUUGGAAAAAUGAAGAUGAAGCCAAAAGUUGGCUGUAAUUAAAGCAGUUAAUUUUUUUGGGACAUAGUAUUUAAAAAAGUUUCGGGUUUGUUUGAAAUCGCAUUCUAUUUUGUAUCCUAUGUGAUUAGCUAUCAACUUUUUAUUGCCUAGAAUUUAGUUUUCAUGAACAUAA